AUGUAAGAAACUAGAGUCGUUCCGCUUUUUCAUUUUCGUUUUCGAAGGAAGAUCAGAUCGAGGCAUCGAGCGCAAGGAAUUCUAUAAGCUUUCAUUAAUUAGAGUGAUGCAAUGGAGCCUCUGGAAAAUGAACAAGUGGAUUCUGGACAAACCAAACCAGCUCAUACAUCACUGAUAAGUGGGCUUCCAGAUGACAUUGCUCUGAUCUGCUUGUCAAGGGUUCCGCGUAGGUACCAUCCACUCCUAAAAUGUGUUUCAAAGAGAUGGAGGGUAUUGGUAUGCAGUGAAGAGUUCCAUUCAUACCGUCGAGUGCAUAGUCUGGAAGAAUCAUGGAUUUAUGCAUUGUGCAAAGACAAAUCUGAACAAAUUUGCUGUUAUGUUUUAGACCCCACUGCAUCAAGGAGAUGCUGGAAGCUCCUUCAAAGUCCCCCACCUAAAUGCUUGAAGAGAAAAGGUAUGGCUUGUGAGGUUUUGGGGAAAAGAUUUUACCUGUUGGGUGGCUGCAGUUGGUCUGAAGAUGCAGCAGAUGAGGUUUAUUGCUAUGACGCUUCCAAGAACACUUGGGAAGAAGCUGCUCCCUUAUCAACUGGCAGGUGUUAUUGCGUUUGUGAAGCUUUACAUGAAAAACUUUAUGCCAUUGGAGGAGUAGUGUCAAAUUCAGGCACUCCACACUCAUGGGACACUUAUGACCAACAUACAAACAGUUGGUCAUCUCACUCUGACUCCAAGAUUGUCCACGAUGUUCAAGAUUCUGUGGUCUUUGAAGGAAAAAUUUAUAUCCGCUGUUGUUCCUUUACCACAGUGCCACAUGCAAGUGCAAUUUUAUAUGAACCAUCAAGUGAAACAUGGCAGCAUGUUGAUGCAGACAUGGCAUCUGGCUGGAAAGGCCCUGCUGUUGUAGUAGAUGAGACUCUUUUUGUGCUGGAUCAGAGCUCAGGUACCAGGUUGAUGAUGUGGCAGCAUGAGAAUAGGGAUUGGGUGCCAGUGGGGAGGUUGUCACCACUGCUGACAAGGCCUCCCUGUCGACUUGUUGCAAUUGGAAAGAGCAUUUUCAUUAUAGGGAAGGGACUUAGUACAGUAGUGAUUGAUCUAGACAAUGCUAGAAACGUGGGAGGGGCAUUGGUGAGCACAUCCAUCCCCACGUUAACUUCAGAUGUUGAUGUAAUCAGCUGUAAGCUACUGUCAAUAUGAAAAAUUGUCUUUGAAUUGUACAUACUCAUUCUUUCUUGUAAUUAUUAUAUAUCAAAGAAUGGCUGGGUUUUUAUA